GCCCCCGCAGCCAGCGGCCCUGCGGCAGCCCCGGGCCCGAGCUCCGCCCUCCACCUCCCGCCGGCCUCGCUCUCUCCUCCCUCCCUCGCUCGCUCGCUCGCCCGCUCCCUCCCCCGGGCCGGCUCGGCGUUGAUUCCGCCGCACGCUGCAGCCGCGGCUGGAAGAUGGCGGGGAACGACUGCGGCGCGCUGCUGGACGAAGAGCUGUCUUCCUUCUUCCUCAACUAUCUCUCCGACACGCAGGUUGAUGGCUCCGGGGAGGAGCAGCUCUGUGCCGACUUUCCGGAGCUUGACCUCUCCCAGCUGGAUGCUGGCGACUUUGACUCAGCCACCUGCUUUGGGGAGCUGCAGUGGUGCCCCGAGAACGGCGAGACCGAGCCCGGCCAGUACAGCCCUGACGACUCGGAGCUCUUCCAGAUCGAUAGUGAGAAUGAGGCCCUCCUGGCUGCACUCACCAAGACCCUGGACGACAUCCCCGAAGAUGAUGUGGGUCUGGAUGCCUUCUCAGCUCUGGACAGUGGAGACACCCCAUCCUGCACCUCGGUGUCACCUGCUCCUUCUUCUGGACCCCCCAGCCCCACCCUGGAGAGCUCCUCAACGCCAGCUCCGGCAAUGGACAAGCAUUCACUGCUACAGAAGCUGCUCCUUGCCACAUCCUACCCAGCGUCAAGCUCUGAUAGCCAGAAAGAAGGUUCUGCCUGGCGCCAAACAGGCCUCAGGUCUAAAAGUCAGCGGCCUUGUGUCAAGAUGGACAGCUCUCAAGACAAGAAGGGCCCCGGGCCGCAACUGCAGAGCCGCAGUUGCACAGAACUGCAUAAGCACCUCACCUCGGUACCCUCUUGCCCCCGGGCCGCAGCCUGCUCCCCAGAGAGGGGCCUGCAGCUACCAGCCCCCCUGAGUCCUCGGCUCCCUGGCAAGGAGGACAGCGAGCUGGGGGAGGACUGUCCUAGCCCCCAGCCCACCAUAGCCUUUCCCCAAGACUCUAUAGCGCCAGGCCAGGCAGGCUGUGGCACCCAGCUUCCCCAGGAAGACGUGCAGGCAAUGGUGCAGCUCAUUCGCUACAUGCAUACUUACUGCCUCCCACUGCGGAAACUGCCCCCCCAUGCUCCAGAGCCACCUUCCCAGCCCUGCAGCAGCCCUGCCAAGCAGGUCAGACCCCAACCUGGCACCCGGCACCCCUCCAAGGGCUCCUGGGCAGAGUUCUCCAUCCUGCGGGAACUGUUGGCCCAGGACGUGCUCUGUGAUGUCAGCAAGCCCUACCGCCUGGCCACGCCUGUCUAUGCCUCUCUCACGCCCCAGGCCAGGCCCACAGCCCCCAGGGACAGCCGGGCCUCCCCUGGGGGUGCAGCCCCUGUGGAGGAGGUGAGGAUCACAGCUUCGCCCAAGAGCACAGGGCCAAGACCCAGCCUGCGGCCACUGCGGCUGGAUGUAAAAGAGGAGGUUGGCCCAUCUGGCAGCCUGCAUCAGAGGGAGGAGGAGGAAGAGGAAGAAGAGGAAGAGGUGGAGGAGGAGGAAGAAAAAGAGGCAGAAGAGGAGGAAGAUGAUGAGGAGGAGUGGGGCAGAAAGAGGCUGGGCCGAGGCCUGCCAUGCACCAAGCUGGGGAGGAAACAGGAAAAUUCCCUGUGCCCCGUUCGCCGCUCCCGGAGACUGAAUCCCCAGCUGGGUCCUUGGCUGACAUGCACUGAGUCACUGGUCCCUGCUGAGCCCCCAGGUGCUCUGCCCUCCCUGGGCCCAGCCUCUGAGACCUACACCAUGGAGGGGGGCAGCCACACGGAUAAAGACAGUAGCCAAGACCAGCACCAUCUGCGAGGACCCCCGAUCCCUGCCCUGGAGAGCCCCUGUGAGAGUGGGUGCGGGGACACCGAUGAGGACCCUGGCUGCCUGCGGCUCCCGUCUGGAGAUUCUCCCAGGUGCCUCAUGCUGGCCUUGUCACAAAGCAGCGAGGCUCCUUUCGGCAAGAAGAGUUUUGAGCAGACCUUGACAGUGGAACUGUGUGGCACGGCAGGCCUCACCCCACCCACCACGCCCCCGUACAAGCCCAUGGAGGAGGACCCCUUCAAGCCUGAUGGCCAGCACAGCCUGGGCAAAGACGCAGCUCCUGGCCUCCCCUCCUCUGAGGCUCUCCAGCUUGGGGCCACCCCAGGGGCCACCCACAAACUGCCAAAGAAGCCCCCAGAGCGAAGUGAACUCCUGUCCCACCUGCGGCACACUGCAGCUGCACCGGCCUCCCAGGCUGGCCAGAAGCGCCCCUUCUCGUGUUCCUUCGGAGACCAUGACUACUGCCAGGUGCUUAGGCCGGAGGGCACCCUGCAGAGAAAGGUGCUGAGGUCCUGGGAGCCUGCUGGGGUCCACCCUGAGGACUGGACCCCGCAGGGGGUCCCCGGCAAGGAGGAAGACGGAAGCUGUGAUGCCAGCACCCCUCGCAAGGACAGCGCGCUGCUGAGAGACCAUGAAAUCCGUGCCAGCCUCACCAAGCACUUUGGGCUGCUGGAGACUGCCCUGGAGGAUGAGGACCUGGCCUCAUGCAAGAGCCCCGAGUAUGACACUGUCUUUGAGGACGGCAGCAGCAGCAGUGGUGAAAGCAGCUUCCUCCCGGAGGAGGAGGAGGAUGAGGACAGAGAGGAGGAGGACGACGAGGAUGAAGGAGAGGACUCAGGGGUCAGUCCCCCUCGCUCUGACCACUGCCCCUACCAGAGCCCACCAAGCAAGGCCAGUCGGCAGCUCUGUUCCCGCAGCCGCUCCAGCUCUGGCUCCUCUUCCUGCCGCUCCUGGUCACCAGCCACCCGCAGGAGCUUAAGAUGUGAUGGCAGAGGACCGUUUUCAGGAGGAACGCCAAGCGUGCGGCACACCAGGAAGCGGCGGGAGAAAGCCAUCGGUGAAGGCCGUGUGGUGUAUGUUCAAAAUCUCUCCAGUGAUAUGAGCUCCAGGGAGCUGAAGAGGCGCUUUGAGGUGUUUGGGGAGAUUGUGGAGUGCCAGGUGCUGACACGGAGUAAGAGAGGCGAGAAGUGCGGCUUCAUCACCUACCGGCGUUCAGAGCAUGCGGCCCUGUCGCUGAGGAACGGCGCAGCACUGCAGGAGUGCCAUGAGCCCUCUCUGCAGCUGAGUUAUGGAGGGCUCCAGCACUUCCGCUGGCCCCGAUAUACUGACUAUGAUUCCAAUUCCGAAGAGGCCCUUCCGGCGUCAGUGAAAAGCAAGUAUGAAGCCAUGGAUUUUGACAGCUUGCUGAAGGAGGCCCAGCAGAGCCUGCACUGACCACAGCCUUAACCUUCGAGGAAUACCUCAAUACCUCAGACAAGGCCCUUCCAAUAUGUUUACGUUUUCAAAGAAGGAGGAGAGAGCAAGUGAGAGUACACACGUAGGAGAAAGAGAGAAAGAGAGACUUGAAACUGCUGUCCUCUUAAAAACACAAUCAAUGUUUACAUUGAACAAAGCUGCUUCUGUCUGUGAGUUCCCAUGGUGUUGAUGUGCCACUGCCACGUUAGUGUCCCUGCUUCCCACCAGGUGUCCGGGUGCACGCCUCCAAGUGCUGUGGAUCGGUCACCCUCCCCCUCCCAACUUCCUCGCGUAGCCUUGAAGCUGUGUCCGUCAUCACUUUUUUUUUUUUUUUUUUUUGGUCCGUAGCGUGUGAUGAUGAAUUUGUUACUUGUGAAUAGAAUCAGGAUUAUCAACGCAUUUUUUUAAUUGAAAAAAAAAACAAAAAGUAUAACCUUACAAUACUGUAUUUAUGGCUCAGAUGUGCUAUGCCUGGGAUGACUACAUCGCUUCCAUGAGUUUGAACUAUGCACUGUCAUGAGAUGUUUGCCUCUGAGCUGCCCUGCUUCCCUUGCCAGACUGCCCUGCAGGUGCUGCGUGGCCUUCGGCCACACCUUGAGCAGCACAGAGAGGGUUUCAGAUCUUUGCUGCCAAGCCCUGCUCUGCCUCUCCCUGAGCCGAGUUUGGGGCAAAUUACGGUGACAUCCCCCAUCUGGUGUCCAGCGUUCCCUUGGAGUGCAAGCCCACCUGCUCAUGCCCAGAGCCUCACAUACCUGUAAGGAAAGAGAGGCUUCAGCUGCACUGUUCCCAUUUUGUACCCGAUGGGGACAGUGCCCUGAGAGUCUACAAAUGGCCUCCCCAUGAUCCCACACUUGCUAGGGUAAAAGAUUUCAGGGAUAAGUCGGGCUACACUGGGCACCAAGCUGGAAGGCUCAGGGCUUGUUGGGGAAAGUUGAGUCAACAGCUGACUCACUGUUACUGUGUGAGUCCAGGGAUCCUGUGGUUUGCUUCUACUGCGGAUGAUGUAGCAGCUGCAUGGGCUGUGACGCAUGAGGCAGUGGUACAGAUGGACAGCCUUGUCAACCACCAGCCCCUCCUCUCCCUCCAGCAAGGCCAGGGUCCUCAUCUGUAGAGGUGUUUUGGUGGUCGGGUAGGGCAACGGGAGCCGGGAGAGGAUGUGAGAUUCAGGCCGGACAAGGCAGGUCCUACCAUUAGAAAGCAUCCUAGCUGAGAUUUUUCUUGAAGCAUGGUUCUUGAGUGACAUCCAGCUUGAUGUUCAGCAGGAGCCCGGGGGGCUGAGACCAGGCAGGGUGGAAGUCCCUGCCAACCCCCUUGAUUCCUUUCAUUCAGCAGAGGUUUUUUUUAAGGGUCCUGUUGCUUUACAAGAGCUUGGAAGUGGUUGUCAGUUUAGACCUGGCUCUUUGAGAAUUGGUAGCUGAUUUUUUUUUUUUAAGUUUAUCAAAUACCUCUAGGUAAACUGAGCCCACAAUCUUGUCCUGAGGGUGAACACACUUCCAGCUCUUUAGUAAAGCUGGGAAACAACAGGCUAAAGCAGGAAUAGGGAAUUUGAGCUCUUGUGUGUCAAGUUGCUUGACCUUUCUGGACCCCAAUAAAGGAAACUAAGAAGGAGAGUUAGACAAGUUCCACCAGUCUUAGCUUCUGCUGAAGUGAUUGAAGUGAUGUCUAGGUCAGGAUUGCAAAAACAGUUCCAACACCUCUAUGGUGCCAUUCUUGGCCAAUGUAGACAUAACACGUAUCACAGCAUGUGUCAUUAUUCUUCCACCCAGUGCUCUGGGCUGCCAUGCCUAAUUGGUCAGAGGUGAAUCAGCCUGACAUCGUGGUCAGUCCCAGUGCCCACCGGUGGGGUAGGGGAGAGGAUUACAUACAGGGACACAUUUGAGGAAGGCAGGGCUUAUAAAGAUGGACCAAAAUAGGAACUUCCCACAGCACAGACCUGGUCAUUCUAGGUUCCUUUACAGCUCUUCACUGCCUAGCACAUAGUAGGCACAUUAUAAGUGGUUAUGGGAUAGGACAGAAUUUUAAUUCUCUGCUGCCUUCACUAAGUCCCGAUUUGCAUCAGGAGGAAACUGUAUCUUCUUCCUGGGAACAAGAAAGAGCAGCAGAUUCCAGACUCAGACCCCACCAAGUAUGCCCUUGGUUACUUGGGUCCCUUCCCUCCCUGGCUCCUUUGUGUUAGAAGGAGUUAUUGGGACCGUCUCUUAGACCCUUCUGUUGGCUUCCUCCUCUGGCACUAGGCCAUGGGUUCUACGUGGGCAGAGCUGGUGGCACUUUAGAAUAAAGAAAUGCAGGUUUUAAGGCAGAACAAGUGUCCUCUCCCUCCAUUGGGGUCUACAGGAGCUGUCCUCUCAGGUCCACUCGAAGUGACUGAGACGUUGGCCCUUGACCAGCACAGAGCCCUGAGUGUGGGGUUGGGAGCUGCCAUGCCUCAGGUGAGGGCUGGGGGCUGCUGAUGAGGGAGGAGGCCAGCCACAGGCAUGCAGUUGUCUCUGCUUCCUGUCCCAGACCCAAAAGGCUACAAGGUCUCAAAGUGAUCAGCCCUAUAGAUGACCUUUCUCCAGAAGACUCAUUCGGUGCUGUGUACUCUCUACCAAGGACAUGCCAAGGUCUCUCGAGGAAAACGAGUCAACCUUGGUCUCCUUCCCACCCAAUUAAGGAGUGACCCAGAGGGAGCAGCUGCCAUUGGCAACCAUCUCAUUGUGGCUGUGUUCCUAGUAUCCGCUCUUGAUGAUGUUUACAUGUAAUCACCAUCCAAGCUUUCUGCAGACCGCGUUGAUAGUCACCCACGCAGGACCAGUCGUACUGUCUGUCUUGUGUGCCAUGCUGGUGUUUUCCAACAAUGUCCAAUCCAACCGCUCUGUGGAAUUCUUCCAUCUCCUUCCUCAGUCGCUACAAGGCUGAAUCAGAGCCCUUGUUCUUGGGGGUGCUCUGGUUGCUGAAGGAAAAUGCAUCAAAGAGGUAAAGAAUCUGAGUGGAUGGAGUGUAACUAAGGGUCCCACCCCCUCAAUCCCCAUUGCACCUUGUCCCCAGCCAGAAAAUUGCUGUGAGUCAAAAAGCACCUGUCUGUCAUGUGCAACUGCCUUGAGGUCUUGCAGCUUUGAGUGUGCUACGCUCAGGAAAGAGGCAGGGAUUUGGGGAGGGGACAAGAGAAGCAAUGCUCUAAGCUGCAAAGACUCAGUACAUAGCGUACUGAAGUGGGAGGGGGAAGAGGUGCCAUAAGAUGCCUUGUGUGGCCUAUAACCUGUGCUUGUUGAGUUUAUGGGAGUGGCCUCUAGAUGUAUGCAGUUUGCAUGCUGAGGCCACUGUGUGGGUGAUGGGUGGUGAGGUGUGGAAGGCUUUGGAGGCCACGGGCUUCUGUGUGGACAGCUGCACACAGGGCUCAUCCCAGACACUGAGUUCCACUGAUCUCUGACCUGAGCCUGCAGCUUGACAAAAUACUCAACAUGACUCCAAGGCAGGUCAACCCCAGGAGAAGGGUUGAUCUGACUCACUGAUAGGAAGAUUUUUCUUAGUCUUUGAGAUUUAGCAGCUGCCCCCAGUUUGGGGGAACUCCUCACACCCCAGAUGUGACCAAGGAGAGGAAUUGUUGAAAAAUUGCAAAUGAAGUAAACUCAGUGAUUUCAUUAGCCAGAGAAGAGGGGCCCUCUUGCCGCCUCACCUGGUACUUGAGUGUGAUACCUUAAAGCUGGUCCCCUGGCCCCACACAGUGGUGGUGGUGAGUGCGGCACUCUGGGACUGUGUGUGGAGUCUGGGGUACAGGGUGAAUGGGAGGAAAGCUUGGGAGACCCAUGUGUGAGGAGACACUGGCGGUCCAGAAUCGACCUGGGAUACAGGUGAGGAUGUCCGGGAAGGAGUCAGCGUCUAGCUUUGCACUAGGCAACCAAAGCACUUAGAAGAUCCCCUUGCUUCAUGCUGGCUCCAUGUUCCUAUGCUGGCAAGUACGGGUCCCCUGUGGUGGUGUGAGGUGCUCUCCUAGACCCCGGAACAUGGUUGCUGUGAACAGAGGUGCCUUCCAAGCUCUCGGCUGUGGGAAAACCAGCAUGGGAGCCAGCUCUUUGCUGUUGUCUCUGCUGAAACCCUACAAACAGGCGAUGGGGAGCUGAGUAAAGCUCUGGGCAGCUGCAUUUUUCAGAAAGAGGAAAACGGCCCAGUAGUUUAUGGGGCAAAGUCAUUGAACUCUAAGCCAUCCCAGAGUAAGCAGCUCUCGUGUUUCUUGCCUGCUGCGUGACCUCAGACCCACCCCACUUCCUUCCUCAUCUAGCAUGUCAGAGAGGUGUGAGCAUAAGAGACGCUUUCACUUCACCUGGGGCCUAGGGACUCCCCCUGCCCUGUCUCUGGCUGCACCCCUGCUCCAGUUCACAGGGAGGGUUCUCUGCAGGACAUGUGGCCAGCAGCAGGCUCAGUCCACACACACAGUCCUGGGCGGGGCUGCUUUCCACCAGUAGGCCAGCUCUCCUCAGGACGGACCUAAGCCAUAGCUCCUAGUGGGGGUGAUGAUGUGAGGCACCCAGCUUGGCCGAGGGAGGGUGCCAGUUCUCACCUUGGCCUUCUCGCUGGCCCCACUGAGGAGCUUUUCAUCUGAAUGUCGUGACCACUUGGCUGUUUCUCUCUUGCUCUCCCAGACAAUACUAGCAAUAUACUUUUUUUUUUAAACAGCUUAACUUAGGCACUUUUCACACAUUUCUUCAAAUGAUUGUAAACCAUAUGGGGCAACAGGAGGCAUCCAUCACACUGCAUAUGUUUGGGGCAGCUUUUGUUUUUUAUUUCCCGGCUGUUAUAGCAGCAGUGACUGAGGCUUUGGGGGUCUAGUUGGGGGGGGGGGGAGUGGAUUUUUCAGAUAACUGUAUGCUGUCAGAAUUCCUUGCACAUGGGAAGGACCCAAAUGGGGGAGUUGGAAAAAUAUAACUUUGUUAAAUGAUCAGUCCCUGGGCUGUGCAAAAAAAAAAAAAAAUUCUUCAGCAAGUUGCUCUUAUCAUAGAAUCUCUUCCAGGGAGCCUAGAGAAUGAAAGGGCCUUCUUUUUCAAUCUGCCAGCCUUACCAAUGGGUUGAAGGAGCGUGGUCAGUUUCCACUUGAGCACUUUGCCUUAUCCAGCUGUGGCCGCCAUCUAGUGGUCAAAGACCGUACCCACCAGCUCCUGGGAUGGAAGGCAAAUCCUUCGGGCCCCUGUGCUGCUGCCCAACACACUAACUCCAGGAAUGAAAGGAACAGCUUGAGCAUUCAGCGCUUAUUGUGACACUAGAAUCAGGAGACUCCAUCAGUAAGCACUUGGAAGACUUGCAUGCAGACCAGCACUCCUGAGGGCAGAGGAGCAGGAGCAGACCCUGCAUCCAGGGCCCAGGAGGGGUUUACUGUAACUGCAAUACCAGCAGCCGGGUGGCUGCUGACCUUGUUAAGUGAACCUCUGGGAGGUGGCCUGCAUUGUACCUUCGGGACAGGUGAAAGGGUUGAGAGUGAGCAUUGAAGGGAGGGGCCUGGCCAUGACCUUUGAUGUGGUCCACUGAAUAGCCAAACACCUUUGAUUACUUUUGUUUGUCCUUGUAUUUUGUAUUUUAAAAAUCUUGUCAAAUGUUUUUGUGUUAGGAAUAAAAAGUCAUAAAUUAUUCCCAACUUUGUUUCUUGAGGGAUGUUGUGAUUCCAAUGGAAACAGGUUGGAAAUCUCCAGGGGAGAGUGGUCAGGGCGGCAUGUAGAAUGGUUGGGUUUGUAGAUGGCUUCUGGGGAAGCGAGCUUCCAGAAGUUCGUGGGCAGCCCUUGCCUUGCUGUGCUGUGUGUUAGCAUAGGCGUGGUGCACCUGCUGCCUCUGGAAGCUGGUGUUGAACCCAAAGUGAGAUCCUUCUCCCGACCCCAGGUGUUUAGAGACAGUGUCUGUUGCUAGCCUUAAUCGACUGGGUCAGGUGGUCCCUACGGUCCCUUUCAGCUUUUCCAAAUCUUGGACUCAAAUCCUUUUCUCUUGGUGUGACCAUGCAGCCUAGAGAAUUCUGAGCAAUAGGGAGCCAGGGCGUUCCCUGGCUCUGUGACAGGGUCAAACCAGGGAAUGGCUAAACUUGUGAGGUUUUGUCAUCCCCAGGGGUACUACUGUAGGGGGCAUUAUUUAUUAGGAAGCUCAACAAGGUAACUACAGCCUGGGGUGUGUGACUGUAAGGCUGUGUUUGCGGGGUGGGUGUGUGUGUGCGUGCGUGUGUGUGCGUGUGUGCAUGUGUGUCUGUGGAAUUACAUUGAUGCAUUUCUUGAGAAAGGUGCAAGAAUUUCACCUACACAGAGGGACACAUCUGCUUUGUUAUUUAUAAUAGAAAGCUAAAUUUUAAUUUUUUAAAGGACACUGCUAAUGAUUGAGAAUCGAGUUUUUAGUUUUGCUAUUUUUUUUAAUUGGUAGAGGAUUUUUAUAUAUUUUCCAUUUCGUUGGGUUGUGUCCUUAUUUAUAUAAAUAUCCGUAAGCGGCAAGGAAGACACCUUCUUUGCUUUUAAUUAUCGUGGUUGUCAUCGUCCCUAUUUUGUUUCAGGUGUGAUUUAUCUGUCUUACCUUCUAAAUGAGAAGAUGUUUUCCUGUAUUUGUACAUUGUCAGAUUCUAUAGUUUCCUAGAUAAUUUAACCAAAUUGCUCUAUGUAUUAUUAUUCUGUGAGUAUAAAGUUCUAUUUUAAUGUCUGUAAAUACUUCAGAACUGGCUUCUUUCUCAGAACUCCCGCCUGUGGAGUUAUUGUUUACAUCACAAAAACUGUAGAAUCUCUAUGCUCAUGUACUGUAAAUAGUGAAGUGAUCUGCUUAUAAAUAAAUACACUAUGGAGAUUAAAGAGAAAAUGCCACCACAGCCCUGCCAGUGUGUGUCUUUCUUUCCUGUUCCUGCGAGCUCCUGGAGGGGCGCCCUUUGCACCAUUUGGGGGGAGCCUUCAGCAAGGGGAGCCCUCGGGCCAGUGUUGGCCUCUGCCUCACCAAACCUCUUCAUUGGCCGUCCCUUCCUGGCACUCUUCACAGCUCGUGCUCAUCAUGAGUGGCACUUUUGUCUUAACGUUGACGGAGCCGUGCUCUUUUUGAAGGACUUUGUGUUGUUUCUUUAUGUAGAUCAGCUUUCUCACUAGGCACACUAGGCAGAUGUGCUGUGUGAGGCAUGACUGACAUGAUGGUUUUGGGCAAUAACACCAGGUUCUGAUGACAGUUGCUUCUGAUCAUUUCUUGGGUGGGUGGUCUGAGGUGUACACUGCGUGGGGUGAAUGCAAAAUACUU